AUGAAUGACAGUGUACUGAACAUGAUGUGCGACUGUCUGACGCGAGUGACGUAUGCAGUAGAUCACAUCAUAUUUUCAAAGGGGCACCCAAUUGAUCGCAUGCUUCUCAUUAUAGAAGGCACUGUAUUGACCUACAGCAUAACUCCUAUUCCUAGCCUUACACGUAGUGAAGAAACAACAAAAGAUUCUGGUGCUGUCCCAUCCCCAUCCACAUCAGUGGCCACCAAGAAACUUGAGGAACGUUAUGUUUAUGGAGAAGAGCUUCUGACGUGGGCAUCACCCAACAAUACUGGGAUGGACAACCUUCCUACCAGCAACGAGAAUGUGAAAUGUCAUACAAAGUUGAAGGCUUUGCUCUCUCAGCCAAGGACUUGCAUUUGGUAG